AUGACGCUAAAUGACACUGAAGUUCAGCGUCAGAUUCGUCACAUGAUGGCGUUCAUAGACCAAGAGGCUCGAGAAAAAGUUGAAGAAAUAGAUGCCAAGGCUGAAGAAGAAUUCCAAAUAGAAAAGUCACGCCUAGUGCAAAAUCAGCGUCUUAAAAUAAUGGAGUACUAUGCUAAAAAGGAGAAGCAAAUUGAGUUAACUAAAAAAAUCCAAGAUUCGAACUUGAAAAAUCAAUCGAGACUAAAGGUUUUACAGAGCAGAGAAAAUCAUAUCGAGAUGUUACUCAAAGAAGCUCGUGAGCGUUUGCGAACAGUCACCAAGGAUCAAAGUGUUUAUCAGAAAUGUCUUGCUGGAUUAAUUACAGAAGGUCUUUAUCAGUUAUUGGAACCGGAAGUCAUAAUAAGAUGCCGUCAAGUGGAUCGCGAUCUUACGCAGAGUCUUCUACCAGGAUGUAUUGCUUCCUAUCGAAAAGAAACUGGAAGUGAUUGCAAAGUUGUAAUAGACAACAAUUAUUUACCUGAUAGCCUAGCUGGUGGAGUUGAAUUGUACAAUAAAGAUGGACGUAUUAAGGUGGUGAACACAUUGGAGAGUCGGUUAGAUCAGAUUAGUGAACGUUUAAUGCCAAAAUUACGAGAAAUUUUAUUCGGAGUAAAUGAGGGACGAAAAUUCCGUAAUUAA